CUUGGGCACACCAGCAGACUCUUGAUGACCUUCAGGCAGAGGAAGACAAAGUCAACACUCUGACUAAAUCGAAGACAAAGCUUGAGCAGCAAGUGGACGAUCUUGAGGGCUCAUUGGAGCAAGAGAAGAAGCUCCGUAUGGACCUUGAGAGAGUCAAGAGGAAGCUUGAGGGUGAUCUGAAACUGGCCCAGGAGUCCAUAAUGGACCUGGAGAAUGACAAACAGCAAUCAGAUGAGAAGAUCAAAAAGUGAGUGGUCAUCAGAUUU